AUGGUGGAUAGGGAGAAGCCUGGAGACAGUGGGAAAUGGUUCAGGUUUUCCCGAAACAGGUGUUUCGUCUUGAUCCUGAUAUUCACAGGUAUGUUCCUUAUUUACAACAUAAAAAUAAAGGAAAUGGCACCAGACUGGAACCCCAAAAUGUGGAUACAAAAUCAAUCAGCAGAUUUGUGGACUCUCUUCAAAAGUCAGAGACAAAAUGCAUCCUCAGCCCACCCUGCGGCAAAUGACAACUCAACUGCACUUCUUCAAACUGAUAAUAAGACAUCAGCACCAGAAGUGAAUACAGAAACACAAAACAAGACUGUGCCAACAACAACAGUUGCUUAUGUGUCUCCUGCUGGAUCGUAUUUAGUCGAAUACCCCUCUGACUACCACUUCAUCAUAAAUGAGCCACAGAAAUGUGAGAAGGAGAAGCCAUUUGUGGUUCUGAUGGUUCCCGUGGCACCCAACAACAGGCAGCACCGUGACAUCAUCCGCAACACCUGGGGGAGUGAAAGCCCUGUGCUGGACAAAGGGGUGAAGCUUUUCUUUUUACUGGGGCUGCACACGGGGACGGGGGAGGAGCAAGUCCAACAGCAGGUACUUCAGGAGAGCAAAGAGCAUCACGACCUGAUCCAGAGCAACUUUGUGGACUGCUACAAGAAUCUCACCAUUAAGACCAUGGUGAUGCUGGAGUGGCUGACUGCACACUGCUCCAGUGCUUCUUAUGCCAUGAAGAUUGAUGUAGACAUGUUUUUGAAUGUACAUAAUCUUGUCAGUAUGCUUUUGAAAGCUAACAAAACAAAUUACAUGACUGGGCGUGUGGAGAGAGGCGCUACAGUACGGAGAGAUCCAAACUCUAAGUGGUACCUACCUCCUGACAUUUAUGCUCCAUCACAGUACCCUCGCUAUGCUCUGGGUCUAGGCUACGUUUUGUCUUUAGACCUCCCUAAAAAGCUCACUGAGGCUUCCAGACAUGUUAAAGCAGUUUACAUUGAGGAUGUGUAUUUAGGGUUGUUAAUGCAGCACCUGGGCAUUCCUCCCACUGACCCCCCAAGCUGGGAUUACUUCUUCUUGAUUCCUUUGGUAUAUAAUCGCUGUCGCUUCUCUAUGAUAAUAGCCACCACAACUCAUCCAAACACUGACCGUGAGCAGAUUUGGAGGGACUUUAAAAAACCAGGCCCAUUCUGCUAUUCUAAAAAAAAAUAUAACAUGAAAAAACAGUGCUGA